UUUUUUGGUACUUACACCUUUGUUUCUGUUGAUCUACAUCGAUACCCAUUUGCUUUUCUCUGUGUUUAUUGUGACUUCAUCGCUCGUCACCACACUCGCCGAACACUAUCGGCCUCACCACUACGGAUACAUCAGAAAACGAGAGCAACCAAUCGAGCGCGCCUAAACACACUGUCGUCAUAGUCUGAGAUUGUAUACCUUUCAAAAUCCCAUCAAAUCUACCAAAAGUGUAUAUCCCAAGAUCCUCAGCAUGGCCGAGCUGCACAAGGCGCUAGAGUGCCUCAGGCCCAAGGAGUUUAGCGACGUGCCAACCGACAACCUGAAGAGCUUCCUGCCCAAGAUUCUCUCCAACGCUGAACUCAUCGCGAACUCGGUUCCUCCACCACCGAAUGGCACAGCCUACGAGUCGGCACAGCGCACGCGCACCUCCUCACAACCCGCAACGAAUGCCGCAGAUCUCACGAAGUCAGAAGUCCGGCGGCCACCGCCAGCGAAGGACCAUGAAACGCUGCAGAAGUCAUGGGGGAAGCCGGUGAAGCUGGCAGCCAAGGAGGCAGCGAUGGGCAUGAGCGUGUACAAAAUGGCAGGGCACGACAGACAUGGCGCGUGGUUUGCGCGGUCGAGUGUGCAUGAGGGCCUUGGGUUCUCCAAGUGGAAGCGCAUGAUGCAGAGGGAAUUCCCUGAGAGCUUAGAGGUGCAAGGCGGGCCUGGAGAGGGCAACAUCAGAGGCAUUGGUGGAGAUCGGAGAUUGGAAGAUAUGACCGUGGACGGCAUUGGCAAUCUGCAAGUCUACCAGCUAUCCGCGCAAUUCCCCGGUCCAACUUCACCACGAGAGUUCAUCACACUGCUCAUCACCUCCGAAAGCGCCCUCAGUGGAGCCUCCAAGAUUGAAUCGACAACACCACGACACUGGAUGGUCGUCUCGAUACCUGUAUCACAUCCUGAGGCACCGCCUCGCGAUGGCAUGGUCCGCGGCUUCUACGAGUCCAUCGAGAUGAUCCGGGAGAUACCGCUGAAGGGCAACGGGGACGCUGAGACCAAUCCAGUGGAAUGGAUAAUGGUCACGCGCAGUGAUCCUGGAGGCGGCAUACCGCGCUUCAUGGUAGAGAGGAAUGUACCGGGCAGCAUCGUAAAUGACGCAGUCAAGUUCUUGGAUUGGGCAUGCGCGAGGGAUGAUGUUGAGUCAGACGAGGCACUGAAGGUUGGUCAAGACGCUACGAACGAUACUCCGCAGCAGACUCACGAUGCACAACCGCGGUAUUCGAUGGAGAACUCGAACGGCAUAGGUGCAGGGGUCGGGACCAGUAUAGCGGACAUACCCUCAUCGAUGCGCCGAAGGGCUUCACAACGAGCGGUCGAGAAGGCAGACCCUGCACAAGAAGGCUACCUGGACCAACUAAAGGACGCAGUCGGUAGCCUCGGUGCAUACGUUGCAGACGCUGUAAACCCUAUGCCGCAACUCCAGCGCACUAGCUCCAGUAGUUCAUCCUCCACCGCCUCGUCAGUCGACUCCUUCGCCUCAGCCGAGCAAUUCACCUCCGCGCCCCAAGGUCUGCCCGUCGACAACUCAAUACCCACACCCUCAACAGCAUCCGAGGUAUCUGUCCCUGUCGACGACGACAGCCACCACGCACGCGAAUUGAAUAAAAUCGAAGCUAAAAAGUUCCAAUUACGCGAGAGACUCGAUGCAGACCGCGAAAAGCGCAACGCAACCGUUGCAAACGAGUCGCAAAAGAGCCAGAAGGAGGUCGAGAAAGCCGCCGAGAGACACGCAAAAGAGAAGAAGAAACAGGAAGAAAAAUACGCGAAAGAAAUAAGGAAGCUAGAAGAGCGUCGCGAGAAGGAGACUCGGAAACUCCUUGCGCGUCAGCAGAAGGAGGCCGAUAAGAGCAAGCUCACAACUGCGCAGAGAGAAAGAGACGAGUAUAAGAGGGAGAAGGAGCUCACAGAAGAGGAAAAUAGGCUGCUUAAGGAGCAGGUUGCUGAGUUGCAGAGGGAGAACACGGCACUGGUGGCCAAACUGGGCAAGUCAGAUGUUGGAAGGGAUAUUUUGGCUGCAGUGAGGAGCGAGGGAGGGAGGACGAGAGCGAGUAGUAGGGCGAGUGGGAGUUCGGGGAAGAGCGGGUUGGCGAGGAGUGGGACUGCGCCAGUGUCUUGAUUUCUUUAUUGACACUUCUUUCCUUUUUGUGCUUUCCUCGCUCUCAUCCCGUCUUAUCUUUACCGAGCGUUCAGAUCCAGAGCUCACCAAUUUAGCCAGGCAUAACACGGUCUAUUGCAAGCACCUGUCCGAUGAACCACUUUCAUAGGUGGAAAGUGAAUCCAGCGUUCGCGGUAGACAUAGAAUUCAAGUAUACCACAUCCGAGUCUAUAUGGAGAGGCCUUCAUAUGCAUCGGCAAGUUG